AUGAUGACUACUGGUGCAGUGGACUAUUUGUACUAUUGCAUGCUCAUCCUGCAGCUUGUGCAUCAGCCUGCUGCCAAGCAAGUGCUCCGGUACCGUUUGGCUGAGGAGGGACCUGCCGAUGUCAGAGUAGGGAACGUAGCCGCCGACCUGGGCAUCGUUGCCGGGUCCGGUGAGGUGACAUUUACACUCGAGUCCGGCUCUGAUUUUUUCAAAAUUGAUAACAUAACAGGUGAGCUCACCACCAACGAGAGAAGGAUAGACCGUGAAAAAUUACAGCAGUGUCAAAUGAUAUUUGAUGAAAAUGAGUGUUUUAUAGAUUUCGAAGUGUCAGUGAUUGGACCAGCCCAGAGCUGGGUAGAUCUCUUUGAGGGAAAAGUAAUCAUAUUAGAUAUAAAUGAUAAUACUCCGUCUUUCCCCUCCCCUGUCCUGACACUGUCUGUGGAGGAAAACAGACCCAUUGGAACCCUUUAUCUGUUGCCCACAGCCACAGACAGAGAUUUUGGCAGAAAUGGAAUAGAGAGAUAUGAGCUUAUUCAGGACAAUGUGGAGAACUCAAGGCGCUCUGCUGGGGAUUCAUACUCAGGGAAGAGGAGAUUUGAGGAAGGCGCAAGCAGGAGCAGCGUCUUUGAACUGCAAGUUGCUGACACCACUGAUGGAGAGAAGCAGCCUCAACUCAUCAUUAAAGGGGCCCUUGAUAGGGAACAGAGAGACUCCUAUGAGCUCACCCUGCGUGUUAGGGAUGGAGGAGAUCCCCCUCGCUCCUCCCAGGCCAUUCUGAGGGUGAUGAUCACUGAUGUGAAUGACAACAGCCCUCGGUUUGAGAAGAGCGUGUAUGAAGCUGACCUACCAGAAAACAGCUCCCCUGGUGCCCCCAUACUACAGCUCAAAGCGGCUGAUGCAGACGUGGGGGUUAAUGGUCAAAUUGAGUAUGUGUUUGGGGCAGCCACAGAGUCAGUAAGGAGGAUGCUGAGGUUGGAUGAGAGCACAGGGUGGCUGAGUGUGUUGCACCGCAUUGACCGUGAAGAAGUGAGCCAACUGAGGUUCACAGUAAUGGCCCGUGACCGAGGCCAGCCACCCAAAAUGGACAAGGCCACUGUGGUGUUGAACAUCAAGGAUGAGAAUGACAAUGUUCCUGCUAUUGAGAUACGAAAAAUUGGACGCAUUUUCUUAAAAGACGGGAUAGCCAAUGUAGCUGAGGAUGUGGUGGUGGACACACCCAUUGCCUUAGUUCAGGUGUCAGACCGCGAUCAGGGAGAAAAUGGCAUAGUGACCUGCACAGUGGUAGGAGAUGUGCCCUUUCAGCUCAAACCAGCCAGUGAGAUGGAAGGUGAGCAGAAUAAAAAGAAAUAUUUCCUCCACACAUCUGCACCACUGGACUAUGAGGCCAUACAGGAAUACAAUGUGGUCAUAGUUGCUGUGGACUCUGGAAGCCCCAGUCUGGCAAGUAAUAACUCUCUUAUCGUCAAAGUGGGCGACACUAACGACAACCCUCCUAUCUUCAGCCAGAAUGUAGUAGAGGUGUCAUUUCCAGAAAACAAUGCCCCUGGCGAGAGAGUGACAACAGUGACAGCCAUUGAUGCAGAUAGUGGGAAGAACGCUGAAAUAGCCUAUUCCCUAGACUCAUCAGUGAAUGGGAUUUUCUCUAUCGAUGCAGACAGUGGAGACAUCCGAGUAAACACCAUUCUGGAUAGAGAGCAAACGGAGCGCUACGAAUUCAAAGUGAUAGCCAAAGAUAAGGGUAUAAACACCCUACAGGGCUCUGCAACAGUGGUUGUCCUUGUGGCCGAUAAGAAUGACAACGAGCCGAAGUUCAUGCAGGAUGUAUUUACCUUCUAUGUCAAAGAGAAUCUUGAGCCAAACAGCCCAGUUGGCAUGGUUACAGUCAUUGAUGCAGAUAAAGGCCAAAAUGCAGAGAUGAGUCUUUUCAUUGAGGAAGAGGAGGACAUCUUUUCAAUCGAGAAUGACACUGGAACUAUUUUCUCCACGCUGUCCUUUGACCGUGAGCAGAAAACUACAUACACGUUCCGUGUCAAAGCUGUGGAUGGGGGUGACCCACCCAGAUCAGCCACUGCUACAGUUUCACUCUUUGUCAUGGAUGAAAAUGACAAUGCACCAACAGUCACCUUCCCAAUAAACAGCUCAUACACCCUUCUCCCACCCUCCAGUAACAUCAGAACAGUAGUCAGAACUGUCAUAGCCACUGAUACUGACACCGGCAUCAACGCAGACCUGAACUACAGCAUCAUUGGUGGAAACCCUUUCAAGCUAUUUGAGAUUGAUGGGGGCACUGGGGUCAUUUCACUGGUGGGGAAGCUGGAGCAGAAGCACUAUGGCCUCCACAGACUUGUGGUCCAGGUGAAUGACAGUGGGCAGCCUUCCCAGAGCACUACCACACUGGUUCAUGUGUAUGUUAAUGAAACUCUGUCCAAUUCCACAGUUGUGGAGGCUCAGGUGGCAAAGAGCCUGAGCACAUCUCUCAAUACCAACAUUGCUGGUGACCCCAAUUAUGAUCUAAGCAAACAGCGGCUAAGCAUUGUAAUUGGAGUAGUUUCGGGCAUUAUGACAGUCAUCCUCAUCAUUCCUAUUGUUGUCAUGGCCCGUUACUGCCGCCCCAAGAACAAGAAUGGCUAUGAGGCAGGCAAGAAGGAUCAUGAAGAUUUCUUCACACCCCAGCAACACGACAAAUCCAAGAAGCCCAAGAAAGAUAAGAAGAAACAGAAAUCCAAACAACCACUCUACAGCAGCAUUGUCACCGUAGAGGCCUCCAAACCCAACGGCCAGCGCUAUGAUGGCGUCAACGAGAAGCUGUCGGACAGUCCUGGCAUGGGCCGCUACCGCUCAGUCAACGGAGGGCCGGGGAGCCCUGAUCUGGCCAGACACUACAAGUCCAGUUCACCACUCCCCACUGUCCAGCUUCACCCACAGUCACCAACAGCUGGUAAAAAGCACCAGGCAGUUCAGGACCUUCCCCCUGCCAAUACCUUUGUUGGCACCGGAGAUAACAUUUCCCUUGGAUCUGACCACUGCUCUGAAUACAGCAGUCAAACUAUCAACAAGUACAACAAACAGCCGUUUCGCCGAGUGACCUUCUCGGUGGUGAGCCAGCCCCAGGACCCUCACCAGCAGGGAUCGCUGCAGAGCUGCUACGACAGUGGCCUUGACGAGUCGGAGACACCCAGCAGCAAGAGUUCGUCGGGCCCCCGGCUGGGCGCCCUUCCCCUACCUGAGGACAGCUACGAGAGGACAACGCCGGAUGGCAGUGUCGGUGAGGCAGAGCACAUGGAAAAUGACUCCCGGCCCUUGCCUGACGUAGCCAUGACUGGCAAGUGCACCCGGGAAUGUGACGAGUACGGCCACUCGGACUCCUGCUGGAUGCCUGUGCGCACGUCGCCAGAGCGACGGCCAUCCAAGUCAACCACCACCCCUCAACAACCAAAGCUUUCCACUUUCAUGAGCGGCAACGGCAGCGGCAGCAGCAGCGCCGAGCAGCCCGGCAGCCAAGAGACCCUCGCCAUGGCCGCCAUGGCCAAUGGAGACCCCACCGCCACUCACAUGAUGGGCGACCGCAAUCGCAACCUGCUCAACAAGAAGAUGGCCUCUUCCUCCUCCUCCUAUGAGGCCUUUGGCUCGCCUUCCUACGGCUCGCCUGGAGGCGGGGAGGAGACACUGGGCCACCCCACUGAGGAGAUUCCUCUGGCACCUACUGGGGAGUACAAGCCCACAUCCUGUGGUACUCUGACGCGACGGGAGGUGUACCUGUGA